AUGUCUGUCCUAGAUGAUAUUGAAGGAAUUUCUUCACAAAUCUUAUCUACUCUUCCUCCUUCUUUUCUUCAAUUCCUAGAAGCGAACGAUAUAGACCCAACUAUCUACACAGUUCAAUCAUUGCCUCGCUAUAUUCGUUUAAAUACACAAAUUCCUUCUUCACAACUUCCUUCCCUUUCUGACCUAUCUACUCAACUUGAAUGUACUCAAAUUCACCAAAUUCCAAAUUUUCCACAUUUUUAUUCUCUUCCUUCCGUAAUAAAAAUUGUUAAUUCCUUAGCUUAUAAACAGGGAAAAAUAUUUGGUAUAGAUUUAAGUUCAGCUAUAGCAGUUUACUCACUUGAUAUUCAUCCAAAUGAUCAGAUAUUGGAUUUGUGUUGUGCUCCUGGUGCAAAAUUGUGUUUAAUUUCUAAUUUAUUAGAUAAUAAAGGGAUCGGAACUAUUACCGGUGUUGAUAUCUCUAAAAAUCGAUUAUCCAUUUGUAAAAAUUUAUGUAAAAAAUAUAAACUUGCUAAAGUUCGAUUGUUCCUCGAAGAUGGGACAAGGUUUAACGUUUUGGCUCCUUCUUAUUUGGUACCUAUAAAAAAAAUCAUUGAGAAAAAUCGAAUUCAAGAUGAUAAUCGUGAAUUAAGCUUUAAAGAAUUUGGCGAAAUUCAAUGUUCAAAAGAUAAAAAUGAUUUGAUUACGCCUUUCUGGACACCUAAAAUAUUGAGGAACGAUCCACAAAAACGUGACAACCAAUAUCUAUACGAUAAGGUCAUCGUGGAUGCGGAAUGUACUCAUGAUGGAUCAAUUUCUCAUAUCCUAAAAUAUGAGAAAUCAGGAUGGGAGAAUUUUGAGAAAAACUUUUUAAAUCCGGAUCGCCUUAACAGUCUUUGGGAUUUACAGCGAGAUUUAUUACAGAAUGGAUGGAAUCUACUUAAACCCGGUGGAAUAUUAGUUUAUAGCACUUGUAGUUUAUCAAAGAAACAAAAUGAGGAUGUAAUAGGAUGGUUCCUAGCUAAUUAUCAAAAUGCCCAAUUAGAAACCAUUCCAAAUAUUGAAAAUUUAAAAACUGCCCCGCCAAAAGUAUGUAAAAGUAAUGUUGAUUUAUUUAAAGUUGCAAGGUUUGAUCCUAUACAUUCAAACACUUCGGGAUUUUUUAUCGCGAAAAUUAAAAAGAUAAAAAGAACCCUAGAUUCAUUUUGA